AUGUCAAGAUUCGCUCUACUGGCCUCUUUGGUCAUUAAUUUGGCACGUGCUGAUUAUACAGAAUGGUAUUUCAGCGGGAAUAACUCGUGUCCUGGGUUGGGGAUCGCGUGUAAUGCGCCCGAAUCUUUGUGUGCGUAUGAUAGCGUUGUGGACAAGUAUUACUGCUGUUCGGGCGCGAGUUAUAAUGUCUGUCGAGCUUUUGCUGCGGAUUGUGGUGGGAGUAAUGGAGGUCCGUCGUCUUCGCAGCAAGAGUGUACUUCGGAUUCUGUUUCUUGGUGCUGUUUGAACAGUCGGGAGAGCUGUACGCAGCGGACUGGUCAGAUUAAUGUUUGCAUCGCAUCGCAAGAUAAUCCUAUUGGAGAGGUGUCGCAAAGUCUCAUUAAUGAGACAUAUACGUCGCUAUCGUCUGCUAGUCCUUCGGCGAGUACGUUCUCGGUGGAUGUAGCUUCGUUGGUUUCUCGAGCUACUGCGACAUCUACAUCUUCGUCAGCGACAUCGACAUCGAUCAGCUCGCCUACUUCGACUGCUUCCGAAACAGCCUCUCCACCAAGCGAAGACAGCGACAGUGGAGUCUCAGGAGGCACUAUUGCUGGUGCCGUAGUCGGAGGCAUGGCAGGUCUCGCUUUGAUCGGUGCUCUGGUAUGGUUCCUGCUGCGAAGAAGAGCUCGUCAUACACACGCGCCUGUUCCAACGUCCCCUACCGGAGGUCAAGCCGAGAAGCACGAUCAUUUCGGAGCUGUAUCUCCGGGUUACAGCACGCCGGCGCCGGAGUACCAUCUUUCUGAGAUGGAAGGCACACACGAGAUCAAAGAGAUGCCUGGAGGUGCGACACACCAGGUUAAGGAAUUGCCAUCUGAACAGAGUGAGCCAAGGGAGCUGCCGGCUUGA